AUGGUGCCCUCUAUAUUGAGUAUUGCUGCUCUUCAUUAUAACGAGAACCGUGGGAGACAGCAAGCAACAACCAAGACUGGGGAACAGAGUUUCAGUAUGUGUUACCCAAAGACCAAAAAGGGCACUGAGGCAGUGGUCAAGCCAAAGAAGGCUGCACCAACAUUUGGUAAGUAUUUAAAUAACAUUAUUGGAAACUUUACUGCACCAGAUAUCCAUUUUAGUGGUUUUUUUUCAUUUUAUGUGACCCUCAUCAAACAGGCUUUGGUAGAGAGAAGACGAGAAGAGUUCAAAUCAUAUACAUCUGCUUCUGAUGAUGUGCAUGUUUACAACAAUCACCAUCCAGAUCACAUGACAUCAACAUUCACCCCGUUCAGGAAGAAUGACCUUAUUCAAAGACACAGAUCACGGUUUCAAAGACAGUAAAUAAUGACCAAUCCUCUUUUCCAAACAAGAAAAGUAAAAAAACAAUUUGUAUUCAAAUUUUAAAAUUUAAUAGUUG